AGAACCCGAUAUUGAAAGCUGAAAACGCUACGUUUCAAUGGUCAGAGAUACUCACAAAAGCGGGAAAAACAAAACGAAAACCCUAAAACAGAAAGGGAGAAGAGAAAUUUAAAAUGGCGCCAGUGUUGCAGAGCUCGCAACCCUGGGUUGAAAAAUAUCGACCUAAGCAAGUGAAGGAUGUGGCGCACCAGGACGAGGUGGUGCGAGUCCUCACCAACACUCUCGAGACAACUAAUUGUCCACACAUGCUCUUUUAUGGACCACCUGGAACCGGCAAAACUACCACCGCACUCGCCAUAGCUCAUCAGCUUUUCGGACCUGAACUCUACAAAUCUAGAGUGCUAGAGCUGAAUGCUAGCGAUGACCGUGGGAUCAAUGUUGUGCGAACUAAAAUCAAAGAUUUUGCUGCUGUGGCUGUAGGUUCUGGUCAGCGUCAAGGUGGUUAUCCUUGCCCUCCAUAUAAGAUUAUUAUCCUUGAUGAGGCUGAUUCAAUGACUGAAGAUGCCCAGAAUGCUCUGAGACGCACAAUGGAAACUUACUCCAAAGUUACAAGAUUCUUUUUUAUCUGUAAUUACAUUAGCAGGAUCAUAGAGCCCCUUGCUUCAAGAUGUGCAAAGUUCAGGUUUAAGCCUCUUUCUGAGGAAAUUAUGACUAGCCGAAUAUUGUAUAUCUGUAAGGAAGAAGGACUCAAUUUGGAUGUAGAGGCUCUAUCAACUUUAAGUUCUAUCUCACAAGGUGAUCUUCGACGGGCUAUCACAUACUUGCAAGGAGCUGCUCGAUUAUAUGGAUCAUCAAUUUCUUCUAAGGAUCUAAUUAGUGUGGCCGGGGUUAUCCCACAGGAGGUAGUUGAGGCACAUUUUUCAGCAUGCAGAAGUAGUGACUUUGAUGUUGCAAACAAGGAAGUUAAUAACAUUAUUGCAGAGGGAUAUCCAGUCUCUCUGUUUCUUUCUCAGUUGUUUGAGGUAAUUGUGGAAGCAGAAGAUAUAUCUGAUGAGCAGAAGGCUCGGAUAUGCAAACGUAUGGCUGAAGCAGAUAAGUGUUUAGUUGAUGGCGCAGAUGAGUACUUACAACUAUUAAACGUGACAAGUCAUGUAAUGCGAGCUCUGAGUAACAUGCCUGAAGAGUUUAAUUAUGAUACUUAGGGUCAUUUAGAAGAAAAAGUUGCUUUAUUUUGGUGAAUGUAAGAGGGAUCAAUAUCUCAUCUUAACGAGAAGAAUAUUGAAAUUCGGGAUCUGCUGUAAGGAGGGUGAAAUGUUUUUGUUAUCUCAUAAUUUGUCUGCCACUGGCGGAAAUAGUAAUAGAAUUAGACAAUUUACUGUUACAGCUACUCAGCUGUUUUGACCAUAAUAGUGAUGCAUAUCAUGAUGAUUUGGAUUUAACUUUCAAA